AUGGAAGGUUCAAGCAAGAGAGGUUCGGGUACGAAGAAAAAUCUCGUAAGACCCAAGGUUCGAGCGAAUCUUGGCGAGCCGACGCGCUUUAGGUUGCAAAACGAACCCGAUCAAGUCCCACAUUUUCAAACCCAACAGUAUCCACCCUUUCAAAUCCAACAAUAUCCACCCUUUCAAUCACAAUCGUAUCAAAACCAACCAUUCGUUCCACCGUUUCAACGUCACCAAUUUCAACCCCAAUCGUUUCCACACUUUCAAACACAAUCCCACCAAGUCGACCCACUAGAAGAUGACACCCUCACCCAUCAUUUUGCACGUGCGUAUCGUGAACAACAACAAAAUCUCGACGACGAUGAAGAUGAGGAUGACGUUCAAGAAGAAGAAGAAGACGAUGACGUUCAAGAAGUUGUCCCGUCAUCCGUUCGGAGAAAUUGGACGACCGAGGAGGAGGUCGCCUUGGUGAAGGCGUACUUGCACACCUCCGAAAAUAAGAAAUAUGCCAGCGAGCAAAGAAAGGAAAUGUUUUGGAGACGGGUCAUGCUUCAUUUUAGCAAACUUCCCGGUUCAACGGAACGAAAAAUGGAUCAAAUGACGUUGAAAUGGAGGGAUUUGAACGGGAAAAUUAUUAAAUUCAACGGUUGUUUCAUUCAAAAGAACUGA